AUGUCAAUCAAAAUAUAUUUAUGUUUGACAAUAUUGAUAACAUUAUUAUCAAUUAAUAAUGCAGCACCAAUAUCAUUGACAUCGUUAUCGACUACAUUUGGCGCAUCGGAUCAACAACAAUUGGUCAAGUUUGUGAAUGCACAACAACAACAGAAUGGAUUGUUUAAUGGAUUGUUGCGUGACACAUUCUAUGCAGUUGGAGCACUCUCUCGUUUGGGUUUGAAGCCCGAACGUCAAGAUGCUGUCUGUCAGGCCGUCAGAGGUGCCAUUGCCAAGGACACCGACAUCACAUCACUCUACUAUGCCGUCUCUACAUUGUCUGACCUCAAGUGUUUGUCAGGCAACAACAAGUUGGUUCAAGACAAUGAAUUGACUAGUUUGGUCGCCCGUUCAAUCGAGUCUGGUUCACUUGAUGAAUUGGCCGCUGCCGUCAACGUCCUCUUUGCCUUGGCCGAUGCCAAGCAAGUUGAGAGUGACCCUGCCCAACUCGCUCAAAUUGCCAAGGCUAUCCUCGCACUCGAAGAGACUGACGGCACAUUUAGAUCGCGUCUCUCUGACGACAAGCGUACUGGCACCCUUGCCAAUACCGCCACCGCCCACUUUGUCCUUGCCCGUCUUGCCCAUCGUCUCAAGGACGCCAAGAUCGCAUCUGAACGUCCCGUAAAGAAUAUCCUCUCCAUGUCGAGCGAGAGUACCCGUGAGACACUCGGAUUUGAAGACCUCCAAACCACCGCCACCCUCCUCCGCGGUCUCGUCUCCUUGUCGAGUGCCAACGGUGGCCAAGGCUCCACUAUCGAGGCAUCAACCAUUGUCCGUGUCGCACACUACCUCUUGCACUUUAAGAACGUCAACUCGUUGGCCGACGCCUACUACCUCUUGAUCGGUCUCAAAUCCGUUCAAAAGAACAAUAUCGGACAACCCAUCGCCGUCGAACUCGAGCAAUCAGUCUUCCCAACCGCUCCAGUCUCCUCACUUGUCGUCUCUGUACGCGACAUCUUUGGCACUGCCGUCGAGUCUACUGCCACCCUCUCCAACCUUGCUCUCUCCUCUGCCCGUCAAACCUCACUCCUCUCGGCCAAGGAAAUGACCGCCACCUCGCGUCCAGGUCAAUACAAGCUCGAUGUUGACAAGCUCAAGAUUGGCUCGUACAUUGUCGACAUCAAGGUUGCACCAAAGGACACCAACUACAACACUGUCUCUGCCAACCUCUUGAUCACCGUCACUGGCUCCAUCUCGGUCGAUGACUUUAAGCUCUCUGUUGCCGACAACAAGGACGCUUUGGCCGGUAGCAAGUUGACCUAUGAAGUUGCCUAUGGAAAGAAACUCUCCCAAGUCGUCAACGUUCCACAAAACAAGGUCGCCCGUGUUUUCUUCCGUGUCACCUCUUCCUCUGAAUCUUUUGCCGCUCAACAAGUUGGUGUUAGAUUCUUUUCACCAUCUGUCGAUGUUGUCAUCCCAGCUACUUAUUCAGUUGAUGCUUAUUCAGUUAUUGUUACAAAGGAAAUUGGUAAAUCAUUAAAAUAUCAAACUGGAAACUAUCAAAUUGAGAUUAUUAUUGGAGAUUCAUCUAUUACACCACUUGUUUGGAACGCUGGUGAGAUUUCAUUCAACUUUAGUCAAGCUGCUCAACCAUUGUCACGUUAUCCAGAACACCAACCAAUUGAAUACACUUUCCGUGCCGAUCCAGCUGCUCCAAAGCAAGUGAUUACUCAAGUCUUUUCAUUGUUGGUCAUUGCUCCAACUGCCAUCUUUGUCGUCGGUUGUUUGUUCAUUGGCAUCAACUUUGGAAAGAUGCCAGGUGGUAUGGGAUUCAUCUACACUGUCGCUUUUGUUGGUUGCAUGGUUGCCUGCACUGGCUUGAUUGUCAAGUACUGGUUAUCCCUCACCUUGGACGUUACCCUUCGUUACUUGGCUGUACUUUUAAUCCCAACCAUCUUCUUUGGUCAAAAGUCUUUAUCUGCUUUUGCUACCGAUCGUUUAUUAUCAACAAAGAAAAAUAAUUAA